GUGUGUGCGGGCGCGCGCGCGCGUGUGUGACAGUGCGGAAAGAGCAGCGCCAGACCCGCCGAUCUGUCGCAGCUCCACCAGGCUUGUCUGCAGGGUGAGGACCGCGCUGUGUGUGGAAGGCGAUCGGAUCGGGACCGUCGUCGCACACCUCCGUGGGGGAGCAAGUUUAGGGUCCGACCGGCCGAUCGGAUCGGCGUCUUGUUCGCCGCGUCAAGAAAAGAUCAUUUCCUCUCUUUCUUUCUCUUUCCGAAUCGGCGCGAAGGAAACACGAUCAUGUGCGACGAGAACCAGCCUCAAGUGGAACUUUUUGUCAAGGCGGGCAGCGAUGGCCAGAGCAUCGGCAACUGUCCCUUCUCCCAGCGGCUCUUCAUGGUCCUGUGGCUGAAAGGCGUCACGUUCAACGUCACCACGGUGGACAUGAAGAGGAAGCCAGACAUCCUGAAAGAUCUGGCCCCCGGCGCUCAGCCCCCCUUUCUGCUGUACGGGACCGAGGUGAAGACGGACACCAAUAAGAUCGAGGAGUUCCUGGAGGAGAACCUCUGCCCUCCAAAGUACCCCCGUCUGGCGGCUCGGAACCCAGAAUCCAACACUGCUGGCUUGGAUGUCUUUUCCAAGUUCUCAGCCUACAUCAAGAACUCAAACCCGCAGCUCAAUGACAAUCUGGAGAAGGGUCUUCUGAAGGCCCUGAAGAAGCUGGACGACUAUCUGGGCACCCCCCUUCCCGAGGAGAUCGACGAGAACAGCGCCGAGGAAGUCGCCACCUCGUCCCGGCCCUUCCUGGACGGGCAAGACCUCACGCUGGCUGACUGCAAUCUGCUGCCCAAGCUGCACAUCGUCAAGGUGGUGUGUCAGCAGUGCCGGAACUUCUCCAUCCCUCGAACCCUCGCCUCGCUCUGGAGAUACCUGGACGCCGCUUACGCGAGGGAGGAGUUCGCUUCCACCUGCCCCAGUGACAAAGAGAUCAACGUUGCCUAUGCCUCCGUAGCUAAGGCGCUCCGAUAGGCGCUAUGCACAUGCACCCCCCCCCCCCCCCCCCCCCCACACACACACACACCCGCAGAAAUCCCCACCCACGCACACACAUGUACACAUGCACACAAAUCGUAAUUUAAAAAGACCAGUAGUUUUUGCUGGGGAGGAUAAAUUUAACUGUAGUUUAUAGUUUCGGCAAGACUUGCUACUGCUUUAUAUCUGUUUAAUUGCGUGCACGCACACGCGCACACACACACACAGAACUUGCAUCACGCUUGCUUUUCGCACCCGACUCAACCUUUUUGCGUGGACCUUCAGUCGUAGAGUUGCAGCGCAGAGUCCAGGUCCUUCGAAGGCCACCUGGCACCCCCAACGCGUUCCACGUUGCCGUAGCGAUGGCCUCCUGAGAGUCGCACUGGGGGGCACUGUGCACGGUAACCUUUCGCAGGCCAGUUCAACCCCCCCCCACCCCCCCCCCAUGGGUGCCUAUCUUCCCUGUGGGUUCGAGAAGGCCAUCUAAGUGCUUUCUGCCAAAGGCCCUCCUUGUUUUGGUGUCUUUGGUUACCCCCCUCUGUCCUCCACGUGGCGCCGGAGAGCCGCACCCUCCAGUCCCCUCUCUAAACACCCACCUGGUCCUUUACCUGGGCGCUCCAGCGCUGGUGCUGGAAGAACGCAGGCGAACGCGCGCUGCUGUACAGUGUUCAGCGACAGAGUAAGGAACCACGCUAGCGCUGUAAGGGGGACGGGACUACGUGUGCUCAGGUACACUGGCCACGGAGCGGUACGUGACGCGGUAAAAGAGCGGUGGCGCGGCGUGUGGCGUAAGGACGGCUCGGGUUUGUCGGUUCCUCUCGGUUCCUCCCUUCGAGCAGCACCACGCAGGAUUGCGACAUGCCUUAAGUUCCCCUUUCCUCCUCGAGGUCUGCGGCCCCUCCCGAGUCGCUCCGCCGCCCGGCCGACCGUUUUCUCAAGUCCAGGAAGCGUCGGGACGCCCUUCUGCGGAGUGGUUACGGGCGCGAAAUCGAUCCCAAGUUGCCGUAAUAUGUAUCAGUACGUGUGGGCACGAACUUGAAUUUUUGACUGAAUUUGUGACAUACACACACCCCCCUCCCCAGUAUGCGGAUGCCAAGCCCACACUUCACACACACUUCCCCGAGAGACUGAAAGUAACCCUCAGACGCUCUUUAAACUCAUGAACUGCGUAUGAAUUGUCCGGAACGUUCACUUAUUUCAGGCGUGUCUUUUGCGGGAGAGUGAGCUCCGCCGAGCAGCGUUUGGUCGCACGGAAUCGUCCGGCGGUUUAGUCGCUACAUCGGGCUCCGUCUGUCGCGUUCCAUGCGACUUCCAGCAGCUGCUGCAAGUAUAGCUUUCCAGGAUUUUCUUUUUUUUUCCCCAUCCCUCCCCAGCACAUUCCGGCCAGGGGUUCGAAGCACCUGUCUUAGUGAAAGCGACAGUUUCACGAGCACCGUAAUCCAUCGAGCCUGGAGAGCAAAACAAAUCUCUUAAAAUCUGAGAUGCGCCACAUUAACUAGAUUCCAAAGGAUUUUUUUUUUUUUUUUUUUUAGUCGUUCAGCUCUGCGUAAAAUUAGCCGCUUAAAAACAUGCAGGUUUGUAAUAGUUUCUUAGCAGUGCUAGUUUAAAGGGACCAAGUGUGGAUUGUCUGUCUUACUCCAGGUGUCAUUUCUUUGAAGACUGAUGGUUUUUCAUAAUCAUGUUUUUUAAUAUCGGAAUUAAUGUAAUUUUUAAUUGAGGCCUUUUGCACUCCCCCCC